AUGUAAUAUGAUUUCGGCGUGAGCAGUAGAAACUGGGGGUUUGUCUAUCACAUCAAAAACAUGGGUCUGAAGGAAAGCGCUGUCGCUGCCUUUACCCUUACGAUAGGAUGCUUCCUGUCAAUUUUCGUGUUAAUUCGUAUGGUCUUUGUUGGCGUGAAAUAUCGUGGGAAGAUAUCAUGGAAGAGGUACGACAUGCCGGACUGUCUGCGUGACCCAGCUUUGGGCACACACAACUACGCUCAUCUUGAGCACAUCCGCCUUCACUAUGUUGCUGCCGGGGACGAGGACAAGCCGUUGAUGUUGAUGGUGCACGGCCUUCCCGAGUUCUGGUUUUCGUGGCGUUAUCAGAUCAGGGAGUUCAAGAAAGACUACAGAGUGGUUGCCAUCGACCAACGGGGGUAUUCGGAGUCGGACGCGCCCUCUGGAGUCAACAGCUACAACCUUGGUGAAUUAGCCAAUGACAUCAAACAGCUCAUACCAGCUCUAGGCUACAAGUCCUGUAUAAUGGUGGGUCAUGACUGGGGUGCCGGUACAGCGUGGACAGUGGCUGGAAUGUACCCUGAGCUGGUGGACAAGCUGAUCGUCAUGAACUUCCCGCACCCUCUGUCCUUCCCGAAAUACGUCGCCACACACAUGUCCCAGUUUAAGAGAUCUUGGUUCCAAUUCUUUUUCUCCGUCCCCUUGUUGCCGGAGCUGUGGUUCUGUAUCCGGGAUAGGAGGAUGUUGGAAAACUCUUUUAACGGCAGAGUCUAGGGGACUCGCUGUACGCACCUGUCGCCGGAUGAAAUACAGGCUUAUAAGUUUGCCUUCCCAACAUUAGGCAGCUUUACCGGCCCCAUCAACUACAUCCGGGCAUUCAUACGCACCAUGCCACCACAAAUGAAGAGGAUAACUACCCCUACCCUUCAGAUCUGGGGUAGCCAGGACGGGGCGUUCGAGAAAGGAGUUGCCUUAGCUUCAGGGGAGUACACCGACUCCCUGACCACCAAGUAUGUGGAUGAGGCCAGUCAUUGGGUGCAGAUGGACUGUCCAGACGCUGUCAACGCCCAUAUGAGAGACUUUUUAAGCGUUCCUUCGUAAAGCUACUUCUUUUGAAGGUGCAACGAACCUAGUAUAUACGAAUGCGUCUUUUAAGAGGGACUGACUUAUGCCUAAAUGGCAAUCCCAGCUAGUUGGAGCCAGUUUCGAACACGUCUAUGUCUGCUUAUUCGAAUGCAUUAUAUAUAUGAUGUCAAUCUAGCUGUUAAUGCUUACCCUAUAAGUAAUUACACUGAUACAAUGUCUCAGUUCAUUAAUUACAAGGUACAAUGAAUGAAGCUCAUUUCUGGUGUCCCCCGCCGUGAGAUUGCUGGAAUAUUGCUAAAAGUGGCGUAAAACCAUACUCACUCACUCACUAAUAACAAGGUCUAGACCGUCAUUCAAAGAGCCACAAAUCGUAAGUGUCCAUCUUUAAAAACGCAAUUUUAAACAUUAAUUUAGUGUGACUGCUUUUAGAACACAUGUGGUGUGUAAGCAUUUGAUGGAAAGAAAGACCAGUAAUUGUGACAUAUGAUAAGGGGUCGUGCGCGCUCGCGUGUGUGUGCACGUAAUACGCAAGUAGAAACCAGUUGAGAAAGCUUUGAUUAACAGCCAUGACAUGUCAAUAGCCUGGUAUUCAAUAUUUUUAUGUAUGUAUAUUAAGCAUGACAUCAUAGACAAUUUAUGAUGUUUAACUAUUAUGUUUUCAUAUGUUACAUGCUUUGAUGUAAUCAUUUUUUUACUUUUCUAGAAUAUGAAAUGCUUUUAUCAAACGAUGUAUUUUUUAAAGUUUUUACAAACUUUCAAUGUCAAUCCCUUUUCCUGGUUUACUUCCAUAUACCAAUAAACCCUUAACCUUUGAAUAAUUAGCAAUGAAAAUACAUGUCUGAAAGCAGUGAUGGAUUCUUGCUUAUACAUGCAUGAAUACUUACUACAUUGUAGCAUGCUGUGUUCUGCGUGGCGGGGCAGUGCUCGGUCUUUACGCCAAAGGCCCAAGUUUGAGUCCCCACAUGGGUACAAUAUAUGGAGACCACUUCUGGGUGUCCUGCUGUGAUUUUGCUGAAAUAUGGCUCAAAACGGCGAAAGGCCAUACUCACUUACCAGUUAAAAUAAAGUAGGAAAAACACUUGCAGCAACUCCCACAUCAGCAUAUCUUCAAGGAAUGAAUGUUGUUCUGAGUAAUAUUCCAGCCAUAUAACCGUUACAUGACCAUAGACCAGACAAACCAUAUUCUUGACACAAUGAACAGCAAUAUAUGCUUUUGGGUCGACGUCCACGCACCACCAUCCAGGUCACACAAUUAGACCAUGCCUCCGAUUUAUAUUUUUGCUUUUGUGAUAAGCAUUGACAACUGACCCGGAGAAAAAAUUCAUAACCAUUAGAUUCCAAAUCCUCAUUUCCGUACUACAGUUCAAAGCGAUGUUAUUGAUGCAGUAGGGCACUUCAUUCAUACAAACUACAUGUACAUACGUUGGUCAAUAAGUACAUUUAGCCAGAAACAUCUAAAUGCGGUUAUUGACAUGCCAACACCAGUUUUCAACUAUAAUAUUUAUACUGCCACAUGUCAAUGUGUAGUAGCACCUAGUUGUCGGGGUCGUGAACACACAACAAACGGCUACAGGGUGUGAGCUGAUGGCUGUUUAUUCUCCCAGAAGAGAUAUGAGAAAGACAAAAAACGGCCUGUAACAAUGUAUAAAUAAUAAGAUAUUUACAUAUAUAUAUAUAUAUAUAUAUAUAUUUAUAUAAAAUAACCAUAUAAAAUAAUAUAAUAUAUAAUAAUAUAUUAUAACAUACAUAGUGGCCUUAAAUCUAAUGGACAUUCAAUUACAUGAACUUAAAAUAGCGAGAAACCUAUGUUACUCAUGUAGUAAGUAACCUGUCCAAAAUUGUAUUGCAUAAUGAUACAGUACCAUAUAUGCUUAUGGUGCUAAUAUGUAUUUAAAUUAAAUCUAAACCCUGCCCACUGUUCAUUAGACAAGUACAAUACUACGUGAUAAUUACUAAGACAUAUGACGUCAGGAUAUACGCAGAUGCAUACAUAUAUACAUUGUACUUAUAUAGUGACGUUCAUUAGCUUUAUAUCAUUGAUAACCUUGUACAUAGUUAAAAAUUACCAAUAUAUGGCUGUGGUCAUUUAAUGGAAACCUGGCUAAUUUUGUUAAGCGAACAAUAUCCCAUGGAAACCACGGAAAGUAAAGAUGACAGCUCAUCAUGUCAAUAUCAUAACGGUCUGUGUUGUUCUGUUUUGUCAACGUGAUUAUUUAUUAAAAAUAUACGUACAUAUUAACAUGU